AUGCCAUCAAGAGAAGCAUUUCCUACAAAAAGAUUAGAGGGUGCUCCAAGUGAUGAUAUUGGAUGGCACUUUGGAACACCGGUAUCUGGAAAUAGAAACAAUGUUCGUUGUGAACUUUGUAGAGAAAUAAUAAGAGGCGGCAUUACGAGAUUGAAGCAACAUAUAGCACAUAUGCCAGGACAAGUCAAACCUUGUCCUAGAGUGAACAGAAUAGUUAGGGAAAGUAUGAUGAAACUUCUAGUUGAUGCAAAAGCGAAGAGAAACGAUUCUAAAAGAAGGAAAGAAGAAUUUGAAGAACAUUUAAGGAGAGAUGUUGUUGAAGUAGAUAAUGUGGAUCAUUCUAGUGAUGAUCAAUUAAGGUUUUCUACACAAGAGAGUCUCAGAUCACAUCAUGAAUGGGAAAAUAGGCAAAAAUUCAGACAUGAAACAGGAGGAUAUAAAAAUGUUUAUGACCAAGGUGGAAGUUCUCGUGCAAGUGUUAACGGAGGUGAAAGACUAGAAGAUCUAACUUUUUCUUUGAGGUCUACCAACGUUGAUCUUGUGAGGACCAAAAGCAUGAAGCAACCUAAAGUCAAUAAGGGCAUGCUAAACACAUGGAGGAAGAGGCUUGGAGCGGCCGUAAGCAAAUUUAUAAUUUAUGACCGUUUGCCUAUGAAUUUAUCUAAUUCUCCCUGGUUGCAUAAUUUGAUUUAUAUAGCCUCUGAGGUGGGAAAAACUAAAUUCCCAACUCCUUAUGAAAUCUCAAAUGUGUAUUUAGAGGCUGAAUAUGAAGAAAUGAAGCAAUGGAUAACUGGUAUGAAAAAAACUUGGAAACAAAAAGGGGCAACAAUAAUGUGUGAUGGUUGGACAGACGGUAUCAACCAUUCUCAUAUUAUGAAUUUUUUAGUGUAUUGUGAAAAAGGAACAGUGUUUUGGAAAUCAGUUGAUGCUUCCGAUGUUGAUAGUAGAAACACAGAGUACUACUUUCAAUUAUUGGAUAAAGUUGUGGACGAAAUUGGCAAAGAAUGUGUUGUUCAGGUGGUUACAGACAAUGAAGCUGCACUAAAAGCAGCCGGUCACAAACUAAUGGAAAAGAGGCCACAUUUGUAUUGGUCUUCUUGUGCGGCUCAUUGUUUAGAUCUUUGCUUAGAGGAUAUAGAGAAGAAAAAAAAUAUACAAAAGUUAUUAAGUGAAGCAAAGUUGGUGACAACAUUCAUCUACAACCAUACAUAUAUUGUGAGUCUCAUGAAAAAAUAUACUGGAGAAGGAAGGUCUGAAAAAUAUGUUUCAUUCGGAAGAGUUUAG